AUGUCGCGCAGGUACGACUCGCGCACGACGACCUUCUCCCCCGAAGGGCGUCUCUACCAGGUCGAAUAUGCCAUGGAGGCUAUCUCGCACGCUGGAACGGUCAUCGGCAUUCUCGCCAAGGACGGUAUCGUUCUUGCCGCCGAAAAGAAAGUCACAUCCAAACUGCUCGAGCAGGACCAGUCGUCCGAAAAGAUCUUUGCCGUCUCGGACAACGUGAUGGCAGGUGUAGCCGGCUACACCGCGGACGCCAACUCGCUGGUCAACUUUGCGCGCAAUGCGGCGCAGCAGUACCUCGCCGCAUACGACGAUGACAUGCCUGUCGAGCAGCUCGCUCAGCGUCUGUGCGAUUACAAGCAGGGCUACACCCAGUUUGGUGGUCUUCGUCCCUUCGGCGUGUCCAUCCUCUACGCGGGGUACGACGACCACCACCAUUUCCAGCUGUAUCACUCGGACCCAUCGGGAAACUACUCCGGUUGGAAGGCGACGUGCAUCGGCAACAACAACGGUACCGCAACAUCGUUGCUCAAGCAGGAUUACAAGGACGACAUCGGCAUCCAAGACGCCAUGGCGCUGGCGGUGAAGAUCUUGAGCAAGACCAUGGACAGCACCUCGUUGGACAGCGAAAAGCUCGAGUUCGCCACAUUGACGCUCAACGCAAGGACGGGAAAACCACAGACCAACAUCUUCAAGCCAAACGACAUCGAUAGGCUGUUGAACAAGCACGGUCUAGCUAAGCCAAAGGACGCCGAGGAGGGAGCGGCGGCAGCAGCGGCGCCAGCGACAGGAACGGCAGAGUCAAACGCCAUGUCGGUGGAUUCGUAG